CAGGUCGCAGUGACGGAUGGCGACUUUUCUCGUAACUAUGCUGGAGACUUAAGUUAGCUGAAACCCUCGUGACCAGCCACAAUCAGUCAGCUGCUGCUCAUCGAGGUCACUGCAUCUCAUCUCAUGCCUGUCCGUCCAAACAAACCGACUACAUUACAAAACAAUCUCCCUCUCAUCCAUCACUCCUCCGUCACUUUACACUUCCAGACCCUCAAAGAAAACCCGCACAUCCUAUAUACUAUACAAACACCGCAACCAUGUCCCAACAUCCCAAAGACGACAGCUACCAGCCAGCCACGCCCAGCGACGCGCGCUCCCCAUGCCCCGUCCUCAACAGCCUGGCCAACCACGGCCGCCUUCCGCACGAUGGCCGCAACAUCACCGCCCCGCAACUCCGCUCCGCCCUAGGCUCGAUCGGCCUGGGCGCCGACGUCUCCGCCCUCCUUGUCUGGCGUGCCUUCACCAUCCACAGCGACGACUCGGAAUUCGGGCCCCACGGCUCGAUCGGUGGCCUCCGCGACGCUUCCGACGUCAACGCCGCGGGUGAACCCGUCCUCCACCUCGACAAAGUCGGCCGCCCACACGCCAUCGAGCACGACGUCUCGGUCACACGGCAGGACCGAGCUCUCGGCAACCCCAUCGCCCUUGACACCGCCCUCUACGAGCAGUUCAUCGGGUUUGCGCGGCAGUUUGGCGUGAAGGAGCUCGGCAGCUACCGGAAGGUGCGCUACGCCGAGUCGCAGAAGGCGAAUCCCGUCUUGAAGUUCGGACGGCGCGAGCAUUACAUUGCGUGUGGGGAGCUGGCGGUGCUGUGGUCGCUGUUUAGCGAGGGAAAGGGGAAAGGGAUCCCGAAGAAGUAUCUGGAGGCAUUGUUUGGCGAGGAGAGGUUGCCGUUGGAGGAAGGAUGGAGGCCGAGGAAAUGGGUGAAGGCGUAUUUGCCAGAGGCCGGGGCGUUGAUCCUGGCGAUUUCAAGGUACGCUUGGCCUUUUUAGGGAUGUGUAUCUGGUGGGUGUGAUGGGUGGGGGAUGAGGUGAGACCUAGUGGCGAGGGCGAUGUGUUUUGAUCUCAUUCGUAAAGAUGCGUGGAUUACUGAUUGCUGGAUGUGUACGGAGUAUGCUGCAUACUUAUCUUCGGUCUGGUCCAGGGUCCAGCUCGUGGCAAGUCCAGCCGACCCGUGCGGGUUUGGACUGAGGGCUCUUAUCUGCUGGCUGUAUGUGGUCAGCUUGUUCAAUGCAGGAUACGAUGAUUCGGCCCGAGUGGUGGAGAAGUUCGUGUUGCUGGUUCAGAGGAGUUGGGUCUGCGGCGUUCUCGAUCAGCUUGGCAAACGCUUGUCUUGUUUUCUGUGUGGUCUAAGCUUUGAUUCUGAUUUGAUAGCGAUGUAUAUGUCUGUUUCUGCAUCAGAAGCUGGUGCUUCUGGUCAAUUGAAGCAUCUUAGCGUUUCACUGAAUUCCUG